AUGGGCUUGACAAGUUUCACGACCACGGCGCUGUCUGCGUCGCAGCUGUCCAUGACGUGGGCUGCCUUUGACGGUCUGUACGGGUGCAUCGCCAUGAUCGAGGCCUCGAACGCCACCACCACAUGCACCGACGGCGGCGGGACCGUCAAGGUCGUCGACAGCGUCAAGAACAUUGCGAGCGGGACGUUCCUGCCCGGCGCGGCUGAGGUGUGGCUCUGUCAAGUCGCCAGCGAGGGGACAGACGACGACGUCGCGGCGGUCAUGGACGCGUUUGGCGAGGCGGACCAAGGCAAGAGCCUGCAGCAGUGCAAGUCGUCGAGCGACGUCGGCGACGUGUCGGUCGCUACGCCGACGCCGACGAUCCCCCCGCCCAUUGUCAACAUUGCGUGGGCCACUUGGGCGAACGCGACGUACGAGCUCAGCUGUCCCGUGUCCAACACGUCGUAUUUCAACACGACGGUCGCGGGCAAUGCGACUGCGUCCAGCUCAAACUCGACGGGCGCGAGCAACACUACCACCACGGCGCCGACGACAAACACGACCGUGGCGUCCAACUCGUCCUCGUCGUCGUCCGCCAACACCACCGCACUGUCAAACUCGACGGCACCCAUCAAUGGGACGUACAACUCGACGACAAACUCGACGGCCAACUCGACGUCCCUCCCCAACACGGUCAACCUCACCAUGCCGCUCAACUUUACCCUGGCGGCAAACUACUCGUCCUCGUUCAACCUCACCUCCAUCAACAAGACGACGGGCUACGACCUGACUCUGUUCAACUAUUCCAUGUGCGCCUGGGCCUAUGUCAACAGCACGGCCAACGCGACCGACGCAAACAAGACGUCUGCGGCGACCUCGCACCACCACCCAUACUCUAGCACAUACUAUCUCCCGGGCCCAUUCCUGGCCCUCGUCGUGUCUGCCGCGCUGGUCGCGGUGACCUUGUAG